AUGAAGGGCACCAGUGAUCGUAGAAAUGUUGUAUACGCGUGGGUAACAUUGCUCGUGCUAAUGAUGGGAAUCGGUACGAAUUCGAGUGCGAUUCAUGGCGAUAGAAAACGAGUCGUCGUCCCACCGAAACCCAAGUUUCAAGGGACGUUCCACGAAACUCACCAGCACGAAACGAUUGCCACCGGUGGUACACGCCGCCCGCUAGGACAUAUAAUUGUAAGCCACCACCAUGUGUUAAACAACAUAUCCUUUAUUUAUUUGCAAACAGCGAACCGUAUAAAAUCUUGGUCGAAAAAGGAGACUCAAAACCUGUGGGAAUUGAGCGGCUUGUACGAAGGAGAUAUAAUGCUUGCUGGGGAAACGGACGAAACGAGGAACGGUUUGGUGAAAACUGCGGCUCGUUGGCCCGGAGGAAUUGUACCUUAUUACAUAAAGGAAGAGGACUUCGACGAAGAGGACGUUGAAGUGAUCGAAGGUGCCAUAAAGGAAUAUCACGAGAACACGUGCUUACGCUUCCGACGUUACAAGAAAACCGAUGACGAUUACAUUACGGUAGAAGGGAAAAUGUCAGGAUGUUGGUCGUUAGUUGGCCGACACAACAAAGGGCAAGUGGUGAACCUACAGAAUCCAGGAUGCGUGCAACACGGUGUGGUCGUUCACGAGUUCAUGCACGCGCUGGGCUUCUACCAUCAACAAAGUGCCGCGGAUCGCGACGAAUGGGUCACCAUUCAUUGGACAAACGUCAAACCAGGUGAACUAUCGAACCCAUGGGAAACUGACAAGGAGCGAUUCUUCGCGUAAAACUAAAUCGGAAAAGUGGAAGAACAUUUUUCCAUAGGAAA